AUGGAAAUGGAAAAUCCGGCGGAUUUCAGUUACCUUGGAAGGAAUUUCAGUGAUCUGAGUAACGGUGAACACUCCUCUGCUUUCAGUGAUUGUAACAGCGACAGAUCCGGAGAGUUUCAAACGGCGUCGUCUCAGAGCCGUCGGCUUCUGAUUUCUUGCACUUCGGACAACUCCGACGAUCUGAUUCGCCAGCUCAUCGCCGACCUCGAGGCCGGUUCGAUUGAGGAGCAGAAGCAGGCGGCCAUGGAGAUCAGGCUCCUCGCCAAGAACAAGUCCGAAAACCGGCUCAAAAUCGCCAGAGCAGGCGCGAUUAAGCCGUUGGUUUCGCUCUUAUCGUGUUCCGAUCUCCAGCUACAAGAGUACGGCGUCACGGCGAUUCUGAACCUUUCGCUCUGCGACGAGAACAAGGAGCUCAUAGCUUCGUCCGGAGCAAUCAAGCCUUUGGUACGAUCGCUAAAGACAGGAACGCCGACGGCCAAAGAGAACGCAGCUUGCGCUCUGCUCCGCCUAUCGCAAAUCGAAGAAAACAAAGUCGCAAUUGGACGGUCAGGAGCGAUUCCGCUGCUGGUAAAUCUUCUCGAGAGCGGAGGUUUUCGCGGGAAGAAGGACGCCUCGACGGCUCUGUACUCGCUGUGCUCCGUGAAGGAGAACAAGAUCAGAGCCGUCCAAUCGGGAAUCAUGAAGCCGUUGGUGGAAUUGAUGGCGGAUUUCGGGUCGAACAUGGUGGACAAAUCAGCGUACGUCCUGAGCGUUCUCGUUUCGGUGUCGGAGGCUCGUGCGGCGUUGGUCGAAGAAGGAGGAAUUCCGGUGCUGGUGGAGAUUAUAGAGGUGGGGUCGCAGAGGCAGAAGGAGAUUUCGGUGGCGAUAUUGCUUCAGAUUUGCGAGAACAGUGCGGUGCACCGUAAUAUGGUGGCCCGCGAAGGAGCGAUUCCUCCCCUUGUGGCCUUGUCACAGUCCGGCACAAAUCGCGCCAAGCAAAAGGCGGAGACAUUGACAGAGCUUCUACGGCAACCGAGAUCCGGCAACGUCGCUGCACGAGCGUCAGACGUGUCAUUAUAA